UCUCUCUCUCUCUCUCAAAAGGAAGAAUCAGACAACCUAAGGAAAUAGAAAGUAAAGGAGGAGAUAAUGGCUGCCUUGCAAGCCUCCGGUCUAUUAUCAUCAUCAUCAAUACCAUCAGCACCAUGCCAUGGUAGAUUUGUUGCAGUUCUCCAUGCCCCGAAACUUUGGAAGAAUCAUCUCUCUUUUCCAAAGCUACCAAUCGGAAAUGUGGAGGAAUUCAACACCCACAUAAGAAAUCCACUGCAAAUCAAAAUUGAAACACAAAGGACAGCAAUUGAGAGAAGUGAUGGGGACAUGAUCGCUAAUGUCACCAAGCUUUAUGCGAUUGCAGAGGCGGUUGCUGAUAGGGUGGAGAUGCACAUGAACAUCGGCGAGCAGAGGAACAAUUGGAACAAUCUCCUUGUCAACUCCAUCAAUGGAAUCACUCUCACGGCUGCGACCAUGGCCGGACUCUCCGCCAUCCCAACUGGUACCACCUCACUCUUGGCAUUGAAGAUCUCUUCCGCUCUCUUGAAUUCAGCAGCGACGGGGCUGUUGUUGUUGGUGAACAAGAUCCAGCCCUCCCAACUUGCCGAAGAACAAAGGAACGCUGCCCGGUUGUUCCGUCAGCUCCACACAGAAAUCCAAACCACCCUUGCUCUCCGAACUCCUACUCCAAUGGAUGUGAAGGAUGUGAUGGAGAGGGUGUUGGCGCUCGACAAGGCUUACCCUCUUCCAUUGCUCCCAGGAAUGCUCGAAAAGUUCCCAGCUACAGUGGAGCCAGCUAGAUGGUGGCCUUCUAACAAUUCAGAAUCAUCAGAAUCACAAAAGGUUCCUGCACAAAAUAAUACGAAUGGUUGGAGUGGGAAACUUGAAGACGAAAUGAGAGGCGUUCUUGAAGUCUUGAGGAGAAAGGAUACCGCAGAGUAUGUGCGACUGAGCAAGUUCGUCUUGAAAGUUAAUAGGAUUUUAGCAGUCUCAGGACCUCUACUCACCGGCCUUGCUGCUCUUGGGACUUCUUUUGUGGGGUCUCCUUCACAUGGUUCAUGGGCGGUAUUGGUCGGGGUCGCUGGUGGAGGAUUGGCAAGCAUUGUAAACACGUUAGAACAUGGCGGACAAGUAGGGAUGGUAUUUGAGAUGUAUCGGAACUGUGCCGGCUUCUAUCGUCUCUUGGAAGAGUCGAUUGAAUCAAACCUUAAGGAAAGAGAGACACAUAAGAGGGAGAAUGGGGAAUUGUUUGAGAUGAAGGUGGCUCUACAGUUGGGAAGGAGUCUCUCGGAGCUCAGGAAUCUUGCUGCAUCGUCUUCUUCUAAAAACAUUGUGGAAGGUGGAAUGGCUGAGUUUGCCGGGAAGCUCUUCUGAUGCUCCAUACGAAAACAUCUUGUAUAUCAUUCAUUCAUUCAUUUUGUUAUUAUUUGUACAGUUAUGUAACAUAUGACCUAAUAUACAAUCUGAUACAUUCAAAUUCA